UAAAAUAAAAAAGAAACAAAAACACUAAAACUCAGCAUUUCCAAGUGAAAACAAAACCCUCAUUUUUCCGAAACCCUCGUCACUCGCUCCUCGCCGCGUUCUUUUUCUUCUUCUUCUUCUUCGCCACACACCAUCUCCAAUCUCGUUUUUCUUCAAAUCGAGAAAAUCAAUGUCAACUUCAGAAUCUCAAGAGCCGACACUGUCAUCGGAAGGAUCAGAAACAAAAAGCAAAAAGGCCUCCAAGAAGGAAGCCGCAAAGCUGGAAAAGCAACGCCGCCGAGAAGUUGCUGCUGCCACCUCUGCUACAUCAACUCUCUCUGUUGAAGAUGAUCCCCUUGCUGUCAAUUAUGGUAUUGUCCCACUCAUUGAGCUCCAAUCGAAGACCCCUGCCAAUGUCAACGACUGGACCCGAGUUGAGGCUCUCAAUGAUUCACUGGAGAACAAGCAGGUUCUAAUCCGUGGAAGGGCACAAGCUAUUCGACCAGUUGGGAAGAAGAUGGCGUUCUUAGUCAUCAGAGAAAAUGGUUUCACCGUACAGUGCUUGGUUCAGGCACAACCUGAUUUAGUAAGUCCGCAGAUGGUGAAAUUUGCUGCUGCUCUCAGCCGUGAGUCUAUUGUCGAUGUCGAAGGUGUAGUUUCCAUUCCAGCCGCUCCUAUUAAAGGUGCCACACAACAGAUUGAGAUUCAAGUGAGGAAAUUGUAUUGUGUGAGUAAGGCCAUUCCUACUCUGCCGAUUAAUAUCGAGGAUGCUGCUCGAAGUGAAGUUGAAAUUGAGAAGGCCAUUCAGGCUGGUGAACAACUUGUUCGUGUGAAUCAGGAUACACGAUUGAAUUUUAGAGUACUUGACCUGCGAACACCAGCAAAUCAAGGAAUUUUUCGCAUCCAGUCUCAAGUUGGAAAUGUGUUCAGACAAUUUUUAUUAGCAGAAAGCUUUGUUGAAAUCCACACUCCUAAGUUGAUUGCUGGAUCUAGUGAGGGUGGAGCUGCUGUCUUUAGGUUGGACUACAAAGGGCAACCUGCAUGCCUGGCUCAGUCACCUCAACUUCACAAGCAAAUGUCAAUAUGUGGUGAUUUUGGCCGUGUUUUUGAGAUUGGUCCUGUGUUUAGAGCAGAAGAUUCCUUUACUCAUAGGCACCUGUGCGAGUUUACAGGUCUUGAUGUUGAAAUGGAGAUUAAGAAACAUUAUUUUGAGGUUAUGGAUGUAGUUGACAAAUUGUUUGUUGCUAUGUUCGACACUUUGAACACAAAAUGUAAGAAGGAUCUUGAAGCUGUGGCAAAUCAGUACCCGUUUGAACCCCUAAAGUAUCUGCCAAAUACUCUGAGGCUUACAUAUGAGGAAGGUAUUCAGAUGCUCAAGGAAGUUGGAGUUGAAAUUGAACCAUUUGGUGACUUGAAUACUGAAGCAGAAAGGAAACUAGGCCAACUGGUUUUAGAAAAGUAUGGAACAGAGUUCUAUAUCCUUCACCGGUACCCUUUGGCUGUAAGGCCAUUUUAUACAAUGCCUUGCUAUGACAACCCAAAUUACAGCAACUCUUUUGAUGUCUUCAUUCGUGGCGAGGAGAUUAUCUCCGGAGCUCAGCGUAUCCACGUGCCUGAAUUUUUGGAAGAACGUGCACAAGCUUGCGGCAUUGAGGUGAAGACAAUAUCUGCUUACAUCGAUUCUUUCAGAUAUGGUGUACCUCCACAUGGGGGCUUUGGAGUAGGCUUGGAGCGUGUAGUAAUGCUCUUCUGUGGCCUGAACAACAUUCGCAAAACAUCACUAUAUCCACGUGACCCACUCAGGAUUGCACCAUGAUGUUAUUAGCAUUUUUGUUUGUGUGUUAAAAAUACUGUGACCUCACAUUCAACUGAAGCCUGAUGGUGUAGCUUGACGCCAAUAAUGCAGUGAACAUAGUUGUCCAAACACUAUUAAAACAGUACUGCAGAUUUUGAGUAGUUUCUAUUUUCACCGGCAACUUGGAGCUGGUGUUAAGUACUUGUAAAAAAUAUUUCUGAUGUUUGACUUGCUGUAGUUGCCACUUCAUAUAGAACUGCAUGCACUCUUUUGUUUCAAAAGGACCAUUUUUUGUCUAUUCAGUAUUCAUGUGAUUUAGUGAUAAAUAUGGCCCCUUUAUAAUUUUUAUCUAAGAACUAGAACGACUUCUUAAUGAACGUCUAUAUGAAUACUUUUAA